CCCACCCGGUGUGGGGCCCACGCGUCGGUGAGACCGGGUGUGGUUUUUUGGCGGAGCGGGUGGUUCGGCUUCAAAUACCCAACCCCCUCCUCUUCCCUCGGUUCCUUCCAUCGCACACCAAAAUCUCUCCUCUCCUCUCCAACUCGCCCGCUGCUUCGUCUUCUGGAAGGUUCGAGAAAACCUAGGGCACGCAGCGGAUGGCCGCGGCGGUGGAGGCGGAGGGGCGCGGGGGCGAGCCUGUGACGCCGGGGACGCCGGCGCCGGACCUUAGCCAGGCGACGGACGACCGGCGGCUGCUGCGGUCGCGGUACCUCGCCGUGAAGAGCCGCAUCAGCGAUGACAAGGAUGACAUGGCGAGGGCGGAUUCGGUGAAGUUCCGUGCAGUCUUCACGCAGGUGGAGGAUCUCCACAGGCUUGUUCAGAGGCCUAGGGAGCAGAUCGCCGAUGCGGAAGCCUUGCUUGGCAUCGCCACCAGUCUGGUGGCAUCAGUAAGGACGCAUUCAGCUCUGGGGAUCACGCCCUCUGAUUUCGUUUCCGGAAUGCUGAAGAAGUUUGGAGAGAAGAGGAGGGAUGAUGAUGAGGCUGCCUCGUUGCGCUGGCUCGAUGUAGGCCUCUACACUUCUCGGAUUUUCAUGGCCGUGCCUGGAUGCUCCACAAUGGUUGGUCCAAUGAAUACAGAAGUGUUGCCACGGAGGGUUCGUGUGUGUAGAAAGAGGACGGCUAAGCCUCGUGGAAGUGAAUGCCCUGAACAGCUCCCAGAUUCAUCAAAUGCAGCAAAGACGGAUACUGACAGGAACAUGUCUGUCAUAUUUGAUGUCCUGAGAAAGAAGAAAAAUGCUAGGCUGGAAAACCUUGUUUUAAACAGGAAGUCUUUUGCCCAAACGGUGGAGAAUAUCUUUGCCUUGUCAUUCCUAGUGAAAGAUGGCAGGGUGGAAAUCAGUGUCAAUGAUGAGGACCAUCAUCUUGUCUAUCCAAGAAAUGCCCCUGCUGCUAGUGCCAUAACCUCAGGAAAAGUAGUAUACAAUCAUUUUGUAUUCAGAUUCGAUUUCAAGGAUUGGAAGCUCAUGAAAGACAUGGUCGUCGACGGCGAGGAGCUGAUGCAGCACAGGCCUCCGGCUCCACAAGUCGGCACGCACGGCUCCAGCACCACCACCACCACCACCACCACCGGAGGAGCGAAUGAAGGCCCUGAGACCGAGACGCCUGCAGCCCCUGCACACAGCACGGCGAUCAGGAAGCUCUGCAGGAACCGAGGCCUGGUCAUGCACGACAUGAAGGAGGAGGCGGCCACCAUGGAGGAGAAGAGGUCGGCCAUGGACGCGCAGGUGUCUCAGCUGGCGUCGAAGCGCAGGCGCCUCUUCCAGGACGACGACGAUGACGACGGCGACUUGGAGUAGAGGGCAGUGGCCAUGGUGGUAGUGGUAGUGGUAGGAGGGGGGGGGGCGUGUAGAGGAGGAGGGAAAGCCUUUUAUGUAGGUAGAGAAGCCAAUCAGCUUAGCUUAGCAUUGGGAUGUCUUGUUAGGAAAUGAUGAAACGGCUUAGCGGCAUUGCACGGCCCGUGUCAGUUUUUGGAUCGUUGGGCGUGUGGCGCUGAAUGUUUUAAGGUCUUUUGGUUAUUUAGGCCAGUGUGUAUGAACUGGACGACGCUAUUUUACAGAUAAAUUGAAGUCAAGUUAUAAAGGUAGUGUUUGGCAGUA